UGCCAUAGUGAGGUAUGAUGCGCCAUUUUGGAACUUUCUAAAAUGGGUAAAAAGUCAUAACAUCAAAAUGUCUAAAAAAGAUAGACUCUAUCAACUGGAGAGGCCACCAUUCAGUUCCAGGGAAUUUCACACGAAGUUUACGAAUCUUGUGGGACCUUUAAGUCUAUUUGAACCAGAAGAUGGAGUAGAUAUUGGAAAUGAGAAUCCUGAAGUUGAAAGACCACUAACACCAAUUGAGGAUGCAGUUAAAUGGCCACCAUCAUCAUUCAGUGCUUUGGCAAAACUAGUUCAUCCUAGACUCACACCAAAGGAGGGAAUUGCUGGACUGUCUGUUAGUGACCAGCACAAAUUGAUUGGAAUACUCAUGAAUGAAUUAAACAGCAUCUGGCAAGAUGUACAAAGAGGCCCUCCAGAUCCAUUCUUGACAGGACAACAGAACAGAGAAUUGCAGAGACGCGUUACAAUUGAGAUUGUGGUUGUUGUUCAAGGACUCUUUGCUAAAUAUUUAGACAAAGCCCAGAAGCUUCACCAGAGAGGUGUAUUCAGCUGUCCUGCAAAUCUCAGUCGUCUCAAAACUCAACUGGCUUUGGAGGCAAAUAAAAGUCUUAAUGUACUUAGCCUCAGACGCAAUAUUGCAGCAGACAUAAAGCAUCCAAUAGAUACAAGCACAGUCUCCAGCAAGUUCUCUUUUGGUAGAGCCCAACCUACUCCUCCACCAAAGCCUUACAGGCCACUUGCAACAAGACAGGGAGAGGAUAGAAAGGGAAAACCAUAUUUAACAAGAGUAGAGAAACAGCAGCAAUGGAUGGAUCGUGAACUGAGUGAUCUACAAAGGCAAAUGCCACAUCUACAAUCAAGUUUAUUUCAGAACAUUAGCAGUCAAAAUCUUCCCCUCCAAGAAAAAUCUAUAUCAGAUUCUGUUUCAAUAUCAGAGGAAAACCUUUCUGGAGAAAGAAAUGAUGAUGCAACACUCAACUCUUUACGGCAAAAAUUUUCAUCAUUGCCAGAAUUGUUUUCAAGGGAUGCUGUACUAGAAGAGCUUGGUGUCUUGCCAGAAGAUGUAAAAGCUCAUGUGCUCAAGAGAAGCCAGAGUGAGAGUAAACUUGUGGAAGAGGAAACGUUUGAUGGACUUGAAGAUGACAAGAUAGCUGAAAAAAGGUCUGAUAAUGCAAAUCAUGCCUCACGAGACCUCGUCAAACUUCUGGACUCGUCUUUGUCAUCAAAACCCUCGGAAGGAGUUCGAGGCGAAGAAGAAUACGACGAUCUGCCCCCACUUUUACAGGCACUUGCUCGGCACAGCACGAGACACAAGGAAAGAGAUCAGAAGACACAAAAGCGGCUAAAGAGAGAAGUUGAAUCUAAGGACAACUUAGAUGAUACAAGUAGUGUCACAUCCACAAUAGGGUCAACAGAGGCGUCUUCAGUGGCUGCUGAUCCAACUAUUCAGGAAGAAACUAUCACAGAAUUUACCGGUGAAGAGCAUCCUCAGCCUGCAGUUGUGUCACUGCGACUUCCUGAUAAGUCUGUAGUGAGAGCAUCAGAUGUUCGAGUGUCCAACCGAGUCAACAAAGCUUCAGUGACACUCAAAAGAUAUCCCACUGUUUACAAUGACCUCAUCGGAGAGAUUGAUACACCCACUGUCAAGUGGCUGGAUAAGAACCUGUUUAUAGGCGAGGAAAUUAAGGAAGUUUAUGAAGAAAUCACCAAGACGAUUGGCACUGAUCAUCUCCUAUUUGAUCAGGAUUUAUACGUGGAAAGAACAACGGAAACAGUAGAUCUUACUCUGUGCACCUCAUCUUCUUCCCUAUGCAAGCCCCGUGCAGAGCGUGUGAUGAACAAUAACUUGGCAAAAGAUAUUCCUCCACCAUGGGGAAAUGGUACUGCUGACAACUGGAGAAACAGCCCAAAGUUCGGUGGUCUUGGAAGGGAAGACAUCCUUCAGGCAAAGCUGAAGAAAGGAGAUGACAAUGGUCAUGGAAAUAAAUCCUACAACUCUUGGUUGGCUUGGUGGCGUAGCACCAUCACAACCGAUGACUUCCUUAAGUUUCUCUCCACUCAGGAAAAUGACUACCUGUCGCUGUUGUUUCAUUUGUACGAUUCUGAUCAUGAAGCCGAUGACGGAGAGGAUGGAGACGAGGCUCGACCAGACACCGUUCAGAUGGCUUUGUUAAGGGAGCGAGAACGAAAACUAGCACAACUGAGGUUGUUAAAAAAGGACUAUCAACCUGGUGUGUGGAAUGUUAAUAGUGUACUUCUUGGAGGACUUGGGAAUGAACCUGAUGUUGACGAGGAGGAACUUCUAGCUAAUCUUGAGGAAAGUCUUAAUAUCGUUACGCCAGACACAUCAACUAAACAGACAGGUGGAGCAGCCACCUCCCCAUUGUCUCACUCGGUUGGCAGUGCAAAGUCGGUGAGCUCAAUGUCAAAUUCUGACCGGCAGAGAGUGGUCACAAGUUCUGUGGGUGUCAUACCACAAGCUGUUAGUAGUGCUGGUGCAGAAACGGCUAGCACAAGCGAGGUGGGUUCAUUGUCGCCUCAGGAUCGUCUGGAAAGGUUAUGGACAUUGUUAUGUAUGCCUGAUACACAGAGACUAGACAUGGCUAUAAAAUACAGUGCUGAACCCUACAGCAGUAAUCUUCUAGAGGCUCUUACCUUCUGGGAAAUUGCUACAGAGGUAAUCUUAGACCGUGAGAGUUUAAUGACUAAGCUUGAAGAUUUUGAAAGAACUGCUUCCGACCCUAACAGAUUCUUUUCCAAAGAAAACAAUGGUUCAUCUGCUUCGCGAAUUAAGGAAUCCAAGACAAGGGAUUGGUUUAAUAAGCGCCUCACUCGCAUUGAGAGUCAGAUUAAAAGAUCGGUUACAGAUGUUCAACGUCAGUUUGGCGACAUUGUGACAUUUCAGGGUCGCCCUUACCUGGAGAAAAUAAACCUGGAUCGAACCGAGAUGUUUUAUUGGCUACAGCAGGAGCGACGACAACAUACGAUGGACAGAGAACUUGUCAAGAUGAGGGAAGUCACACUUAACGCUACUGAUCUUCCUCCAAUACAAGCGCACAUGAUAUUGUAAAUAGAAUGCUGAUUAUGGUAUAGAGUUUGUAAUAAAAUAUGAUGAAAAUCUGA